AUGACUUCCGAAAAGAUCCUCCUUCCCGAGAUCUGGGACAAUAUCUGUGGCCAUCUCACACCCCCAAGCCAUGCAAAUCUACGCCUCGUUUCAUCAACAUUCAACAACAUCGCUUUACCAUGGAAAUACAGAAGCAUACGUCUGGAAGCAUUCGGACCAUCUGUCCAACGCUUCAUCAACAUCGCCAAAACCCCCGAGCUUCGUGACCUAGUCCGAGAAGUCACCAUAGACACCCGUGUCGAUCUCAACUGGGAAUACGCCAGGAACGGCAGCUACCCUUUCCCUACAGCUUUCAUGAACGCGCUGCCCUACCUGAGAUACUUCACCAGCGUUACGGCUCUACACAUCCGCUUCGAGGAACACUGUGGCAAUCAAGAGGAAGAUUAUAAAUUAAGUAUCGAGGAGACCUACAUCUUUCGGUACAAAGUCCUCGAUACCAUUUUCCACUGCGCUGCGGGUUUGUGGACACUCGAGAAGCAGCUAAAGAUGGAUGAGGAACUCGAUGAAGAAAGAUAUAUAUGCGAAGGCGAUGAGAAGUCCGACUACAGUGAUCAAGAUCUUCAGUUUCGUGGUUCUUGCUUUGCACUUCGGGAAUUGACCAUUGCUAACCUGGCCGACUAUGCCGAUGCGGAUAUCUCGGAGUCCAAGGCGUGGCAAAUAAUCAUGGCUCUUCCAACCCUCAUCGACCUGAAGCUUUUUAUCACGACGGAAGAAGAUGAUGCUGCGCCAGAGAACGAGGUUUACCUUGUCGAAAAAUACGACUUCUUUGACAGUCUGCCCUUAACAUGGCUGUCCCCAAACCUCACUCAGAACUUGAGGGUCUUGUCGUUAUAUUUUAAAGACUACUGGGGUUGGUUCCCAUUCUUGGAUCUCCGCGACUUUGGCCACGAGUCUCCAUUUCCACAACUCAAGGUCCUCGCAAUGGGUAAAUACGUCUUCACUCACGAUUGGCAGGUUGAGUGGUUUCACAACAUUGGAAAAGAGAACGGCAGUGGAGGAUUGGAAGAGCUAUACCUCGAUGAUUGUCCCAUUCUGUUCCAUGCGAGGCAUGAGGCUAUUGACGAGCACGGGUAUCCUGAUUACCUUCCUGUUAUAGAGAGGGAUACGUCUGAAGAGCAAGAGCAUGACUUCCACCUUCGAUGGCACCAUGUCCUUGCACAAUGGAAGGAUUCAAUGAGAGGACUCAAAGUGUUCCGAAUGGGUCAUGGAUCAUGGUGGAUGCGGCCGGGGAGAACAUACGAACUAAUUUCUGAUGAUCCAGACUAUGCGCAAGCCGAUAAAAGUGUGCUAGAUUAUCGUUUAUCGCACAAUACGCACAGAACCUUUGCUUGUCCAACCCCAUCGGGGGACGAAGGCCUGUCAGAAAGAUGGCGCUACGGUGAAGGCCUCGACGACGAGAGAGACAACAGGAUGACAUACACUGCCUACGAUCUCGGAACGGGACCUACACGGUGGACUGGCGAGGAUGAUGGUGAAGUUCAGCUGGAAGAAGGUGUUAAGGACAAGGAUGAUGUUGCGUGGGAUUUGAUGAUGGCUGCGAUACAGACAAGAUGCAAGAGUGGAGAGUACACGACCUAG